AACCAGAGCCUCUGCUCGUGUUUCGGUUGAACAACCGGAUCUUCUCAGCAGGUCGGAACAGGAGAUUCCGGGUUUGGAGAACAUGCGGCUCUGUGGAUCAGGCGCGCUUCUCCUCGUGGGUUUUUUACUUUCCACGACUUUGGACUCCACAGAGUCCUUGGAGAUGGCGCAACCAAACAAAGGUUUGACCGUGAAGGUGUCCACCAAGCUGCCGCUGGCUGGGUGCGCCGUGUGCACACACAGUGGGGUAAACAGCUCCCAGAUUUCCUGCCACUCCACUCUGUCUGUACAACCUGAAGAUGUAGACGAUCUGCUGUUUAACUGCUCCCAGCAAGCAUACGCUGUAAAGAUUACCAGCUCUAUUGAUUGCACUGAGACGGCCUGCAGCCCCCAGACUGUAGAAGUCCAAUCAUCCAUCCUGACGCAGUUCCACAGAACCUUCGUUUGGGAGCUGAAAGCCCCUAAAAAGAUGUUUGUGAGUCUCAACGUUCUCGGAGAGGGACUGAUAGAGACGUCACAACCUUGCACAGAUGGUUUACAGUACUCUGUGGCYCUAUCUAAAACCAACAUCGAGGACAAGACUCAGUAUUGCCGCGGUGGAUCUGUGACCCUUUUAAAGCUGGUUAACGAAGCUGUUGUGUCUCUUGAAGUCAAGCCGGAGAAGCAGGUGGACUCCGUGUUGUUUCAGGCCUCUGCUGGACCUUUAAUGGAACCUACAGUCGUAACCAUUGGUCCCGGUCUUACUGUUGUCCUGAGUCGUGACCCACGGGAAACUGAGUGUGAAGUCUGCAUCCUCGGCGGCGCCGCUCCUGAUUGUAGCUCAACUGAAAAGACACUAAAGAGUGCUGGAAAGAUCUCGCUGGAGUUUAGCUGUGUGAAGCCUCAGAAUGUGUUCAAUGUGAAGAUGAUGACGAGAAUAGGUUGCACAGAGAGCACCUGUAGUCAAGCUGCAGCUGAAGUGGAUCCAGACCUCUUCAAGGACUUCAAGAGAACCAUUGAGUGGUACAUUACCAUCCCGGACAGAACUGUUUUAACUUUGGACUUUCCUAAUUACGGACUGAAGGAAAACUCGGCCACGAAAAAUUGCCAGGACGGCUUUCAGCACACGGUGAGCACCACUAAAUAUGAUGGAACAACCAAAACGAACAGCUACUGCAAAGGUGGCUCUGUGUCUAAACUCGAGCUGCUCGGAGCAACSACUGUGACGCUUGACGUGCCCAAAGGAGGCGAAAUGGCCAAGACCGCAUUCAAUGUCAAAGCAGCRCAAAGGAGUGGCAGAUUGAUGUCUGUGACCUCUGACCCUAACACCAUACUCCUCAUCAACAGGGUGAACGUAGUGCCGGACUGUAAAGUCUGUGUAAAUCAGGGGUCCARUCAAAAAUGCAACCCCCAGUCUCUGCAACUGCGCAACCCUUACCAGACUUCRGUUGAAUUUACCUGCCCACAACCUCAGGAUGUCUUCAAUGUGGAGAUAAACAGAGAGAUUAACUGCAACGCAACGUCCUGCCCUGCCAAUCUUGUCCAUGCAGAGAACACGUUCUUCCCCGACUUCAACCGGACUUUCACCUGGGACUUUAAGACGGUGUCCACUCGAGCCGUCCARCUGAGCUUUCCGGAACAGGGAAUGCGGCAGAUUUCCAACCAGCAAACGUGUCCGGAGGACCACACGUACUCGGUUGUUGUCUAUCUGCGCACGGGGCUGACGAACAUCGGCACCUUCUGCAAAGGAGGGCCCGUGACCACGGUUCAGGCUCUUUACAAGGGCCGUUUUAUCCUGUAUGUUCCCAGGAACGUCGAGCUGGACCCUGUCGAUUUCAAAAUUGACGUUGGACCUACUACUACCAAGGUGGCCACUGUGGAAGUCAGUCUGCCGCGAGGUUCAUCAGAAACYGAUUUCAUCACACCAAACUACCCCGAACACUUCCCCGAUCGCCAGCAGAUUCAGUGGGACUUCAAGGUGCCCGGCAUGCACAACUACUCCGUCCACUUCCUCGACCACACGGAGCCCGAGUGCCUUUCAGGCGACGUAGUGGUGGAGUAUCAGAACGGGAAGGGGGUCAAGAAGACGCUGACUGAUCCUCAGCCUCAGCAUCAGCAGGGCGACUUCAGCAUGGUGCUGAAGAACUGCGAAACCAACGAAACCCUGCAAGGACUCAGCUUGAGCUACAGAGUCUCUGUGAUGAGAAGCGGUCAUCCAGUUCUCUGUACUGUGGAUUUAACCAAACUCAGCGGAGUCUCCCUGCAAAUCCAGAAGGUGGGUUCUGACCCGUUUUGUGAGAUCAGUGUAAACUCUGAGGUGAAAGACCAGAUAACCGUGGCUGCAGGAACUACGGCCCGCCUCUCCUUCCUGGACUGUCCGAAUGAAGAUGUUCGCCUGACCGCAAGCCAAGUUAACUAAACCAUCAUCUACAGAGUCAGCCCGACGACGACGGCCCCCACCCUGCUGACCACCCCCAACUGGCCUCAGGGCAUGAAGUCUUUCUCCACCGUGUCCUGGAUCGUCACCUUUCCCAGUCAGUACAAAGCGCAGCUCCGCUUCGUCAACAUCAGCCAGCCCAAAUGCGAGGAGACGCACACGUUUAUCCGCGUGAAGGAGCUGGACGGCGUGGAAGAGCUCAUCAGCCGCAGCGAAGCCGAAAUGCCGAUAGAGGACUUCACGGUCCCACAGAGUUUCUACCUGAACAUGUCCAACUGCGAACCAGAGACGGGCCACUUUGCCGCCACGACCCAAAUCGUUCUUCAGAAAAAGACCCAUUUGUUGGCCAUCCUCCUGGGAUUGUUGGGGGCUCUUCUGGUUUUAAUCAUAGUGCUGGCUGUUGUGUGUGUUCUUGUAAAGAAAAAGAAACAAAGAGUGAAGGAGGCGUCCAUUUACAUGGGUAAGGGGAACAUCUUCCGCCCGAACGACCGGCACUUCACCAAAUCCCAGUCGGACAACGACUCCCACGUCUACGACUACAUAGACGACACCCUCGUCUACAACCACCUGCUGGGUGACUCCACCUACUCCGACGGCAAACGAGACUUCCCGUCAGGCGUACAGGUGGACUCCUACAAAACGUUUUUAGGCCACACUGACGGYGCGCUGCCCGUCAUUAAAGAGCCGGAUCCGGAACCCGAGCUGGACCGRUGUAGGACGUUCCUGGACCCCUCAGAGACGUUCAUCCCGUCCCGCCCGCGCACUCCCAUCGGCCGGCAGGACAGCCUGGGCUUCCAGGACCGCAGGAUGAUGGACAACGAGCUCUACACGUUCAAAAGCACCGGUGACUUCAACACCAUCCGACUCUCCGGCGUCAAUAUGGCGCCGGAGCCGCAGGAAUCCGAGGAAUCCAUGUAGUYCGGACUUUAUCUGUGAGAUGGACUGCUUUUUACCAAACCCUCCUCUCUGCAGGGCGUGUCUGUGGACUGUGGUCCUCCUCAGGGACUUCCCUUUUAAACUUGACUGUUUGGACUCGUUUCCAGACCAAGAUGAGCUGCGAGUCUCAUCUGUACGGUUUUGCGAAAUGUCAAARAGGAGCUUUGCUGAGAUUAUUUCCUGCUUCAAACGAAAGCAGCAGCGUAAAAAACUGAAGACAAGAAUCUGUUCCUAAGAGCUGUGGGGUUUUGAUCUUUACAGCGUUUGAGUCGUUUUUGCUCAUUUUCAAGUCGCACGUUUGAAAUUAAUCUCAAAUUUGGCUUAAAAAAGUGCACAGGAAGAAAAACYUUUGCAAAUCACGGUGAGCCGUUUGGAUUUYCUGUGAGGAAAAAAAAUUCUCAACRUUUUUAGCUGAGAAACCUUUAUGUAAAUCUUUCCCUCACUUUUUGUACAUACAGGUUUUUAGGAAUGUUUCUUAUUUACAUUUAAUUUCUUUGUUGAAAAGGGCGAAAAACCAAGUCGGAGUUUCUUUGUUAUAAGCAAAAUGCACAGAGAAGACUUUAAUAAAAAUACGUCUUAAGCUUUUCUAAACUAAACAAAACAUUUUUUAUAUUUAUAACUUUUAAACUGAGUUGUAUGGAAAGAUUAGCAGUUAAUAUCUUACCUGUUGUGGAUAGCAGCAAGCAGGGAAAGUUUGUAAACUUUCAACAGAACCUCUGAUAUCCCUUCUUGUUUCAGUUUUUUCUUCUGUAAAUUAUGAAACAAACAUGAUUGUUGCCUGAACUCCCAGCAAAACAAGCAAAAAACCAAAGUAUUUGAGAUGUUUGAUUUAUUUCAUUAAGUUUUGGCAUCAAUAGCUGCAACUUUGGUUUUUAGUGUUUUUUUUCCCUGUUUGUCUGAACUGUAAAUAUAAUUUAGUGUYGAUGUUUUUCUAAUAAAGUCAGAAGGGACACAUUCUA